UUUUAUAUGAAUGAUUCGUUUAGUAGUACAUAGAGAAAUCGUUUUUAGUUUUAUAAUCUUUUCUGUGUUGGAAUAUUGAACAAAUUCUAAUGAUUCGUAAAAUAACACUUCUGUUAAAAACCGUAUAUGUUGAAAGUUAACAAAUAACUAAUGCUUACAAUAAUGUCGACAUCAAGUCAAAAUAAUGGUAAAAAGAGUUCAGCCAGCUCUAUUGUUAACACCCCUUCCAGCACUCCAAUUACCAAUCUUGCAAAUGGUAGUAGUAUCCAAGGAACAGCACAUAGUUCACCUCCACCUAAUAACAAUGCUCCAAAGUAUGGUACCCUAGUGCCUAACAGAAUAUUCGUGGGAGGAAUAUCAGCUAACACAACAGAAGGAGAAUUAAUGCAACUUUUUAGCAACUAUGGUACUGUUAAAGCUGCUAAAAUUAUUCAGGACAGGGCUGGUGUAUCGAAAGGGUAUGGUUUCAUUACCUUUGAGAGUGAGGAUGAUGCUAAAAGGCCUCUUAGAGAAGCUGAAAACAUAGUGCUAAGAGAAAGAAAACUUAAUAUAGCACCUGCUAUUAAAAAACAGCCUUUUAGUCGAGCAUUUGAUGCAUCCAGUCCACCUGCUGUUGCUGCAAAUAGUGCCAGUCAAUUCUUUUUUCCUCCGGGUGCUGCCGUGCCAUAUUUUCAGAGUGGUGUUACAUAUUAUACUCAGCCAGCCCCUGCUGCACCUGGAGAUCAUACUGCUCAACAACCUGUUUAUCAACCUCCACCAAUGUAUCCCACACAAACUGGUCCUCCACAGGCAGCUACAUACCCUUCUAUGAUGUUUCCCGCUCAAACUAUAUAUAUGCCACAACAGUAUCCCAUGGCUAUUCCGUACGAGUACAACUUCUACCAGGGUAACGGCCCAUCGCUGCCAACUCAGUAUCUGGCCGGAGGCCAAAGUGGUCCGGGAAGCUCUCAUUGCACCUCAUUACCAUCAUCAAACAGUCCACCCAGACCCAAUUGUUAUGGCCAACAGGUACCUACCUAUAAUUCAGGAGAUCCCGUCUACUACAACUUACCAAUCUACGGAGCUACUUUGGAAGGUCCGCCAUUAUAUGCUGAUGCCUUCGAUCUAAGCGCUAGUGGAACUUAUGCGGAGGAAACCUACCGCAGCAUGAUUACAACUCUUACUGGAGAAAAUGUAGAAGCUUCUCUUGGAUCAUCGAUAACUUCAACUCAAGCAACUUCCGACAAUUUCACACAACAUCUGGAUCAAUCUCUCGUUGAGUCUGAUUCAAGUAUUGUGAACGUUGGAGGCAAACCACCACCACAUAAAUCCUCAGAGACAAUUGUUUCUGCUCCUUCCCAGCCCCAAGAGGAGAGAAACUCACAUACGCCUAUUGUUUCACUACUUUCCAUAGAUCAUCAACAAGAAAAAGACUAUUCAUCAAUGCAGAGCGGUCGUAGACGUAAAAUUCUUCUGGUUCAAAGCAAUCAAAAUAACGUGCCCAUGUAUCCUACAAACGGAUACAUCAACCAGUUCGUCGGAUAUAAUCCUCAACAACCACCCCCACCUUCAUUCGGUCAACCUCUCUUUAACACCGGCUACGGUUUUUCGGAAUAUCGUCGAUUUAACGGAUACCCAGAUCUAAGGUCAAAUACUAAUAGUAAUAAACCGAGGAGACGAAUAUACGAAAAUAGGCGGUCGAACGAUCAUUCUAGUCGUUCUAGUCUUCGCACAGACUCAAACUCAUCGGCAAGUUGUGUCGACGAAAAUAAAAAUGAAGAAAAAACCUUUCGAACUACUGUUAACACUCCUCCACCUGCCCCAUACUCACCUAUGACUAAUCAACAAUUCAAAUUUAUUAAUUACAGUAACACGAAAAACGUUUAUAAUUAUAAGUACGCUAAUAACAAUAAUUAUUAUAAUAGAACUGCUACACACCAUGACCGAUUUAAACAUACCGAACCUCUAGCGAAUAAAAAUAAUUACAGUUUCAUUUAUCCCUUAACAAAUAAUUUCCUAACUAAUAGCCAUACCCAAAGUAAUUCUGAUUCCCUUUCCUCCCAAAAUUCCCAGGUACAUGUGACGACUACGGGUCAGAGCUUCGUCCCGGUAACUAUCCAAGCUCAGACGAAACGCAACAAGCGUUCUUUGAGACGAAGCGGUGCCAGUGCCGGAGGCAUCAACGAAAUCGGUGCCGGUGACGCCCCUUUACCAGGCGAAGAAUGCGAGGACGUCUACAAGAAGCUGGAGACUCUUAAGUUGUAACGAAAAAGUGGUAUCUUUUCUUGUAUAUUUUUUUCUAUUUAUUUAAGACUGUACAAUAAUGUAACAUACUAGAAAUUUAAUGUAAACUAAAGAGGAAAAAUAUAUAAUACAUAUUUAUUGAAGAUAA